AUGCAAUCCCCCUUCAGCUACGCCGAUUCCUCCUACUCCUCAUCCUACUCAUCAUCCUACUCGUCCUCCUCCCCCGGCGGUAUGGAUUUCUACUUCCGUGGCCCGCCCGUGUUCGACAACAUGUGCGACGUCGAUGCAAGCUCAUUUACAACCCCGGAAUUUGCCCCGGAGUUCGUAUCCGAACCAUAUAGUUACUCCUUCACUAGUGCGCCAAAUUCAUACGCCUAUGGUCCCACGAAUGAAGCUCCAAUUUAUGAUGCCACUGGUCUCCUGGGGACCAGAUUACCCAGUAGUCCCGCCGCGAGUAGUAGCUGUGGAAGCUCCUCGUACGGGAGCGGGAGCAGCUUCAACAUGCCCGAAGAAGUUCCUAUGCCCGAUUAUCCCCUCCCGGGCGAGAUCGAGGAUUCGGGUCCCCAGUCCCCACCCGCUCCAUCCAAACCCGCUGCUAAGCCCUUUGGCUGCGACGAUUGCGGCAAGUCCUUCACUCGCUUUGCCGACUUGAAGCGUCAUCAGUCCAGCGUCCAUUACCCCGUCUUUCGCAACUGCCCUGUUGAACAUUGCUCCCGCAAAGGCGCCAAUGGCUUCCCUCGCCAGGACCACCUAGUUGAACAUUUGCGCUCUUACCACCAUCUCGAUGUUCCGAAGCGGCGCGCGAAACGCUCGGCUAAGGAUAUGGCUUGA